CGGAAGCCGAGCAGGGUUUGGAGCUAAGACAUAGGGGAGUGGGAACAGCGCUGUCCGCUGCGAUGAUUCCCCCGCAGGAGGCUUCCGCUCGGCGGCGGGAGAUCGAGGACAAGCUGAAGCAGGAGGAGGAGACGCUGUCCUUUAUCCGAGACAGCCUGGAGAAGAGCGACCAGCUCACUAAGAACAUGGUGUCUAUCCUGUCGUCCUUUGAGAGCCGACUCAUGAAACUGGAGAACUCCAUCAUCCCUGUGCACAAGCAGACAGAGAACCUACAGAGGCUGCAGGAGAAUGUUGAAAAGACCUUAUCCUGCCUGGACCAUGUUAUCAGCUAUUACCACGUAGCCAGCGACACAGAGAAGAUCAUCAGAGAGGGCCCCACAGGUAGGCUGGAAGAAUACCUGGGAAGCAUGGCCAAAAUCCAGAAGGCCGUGGAGUACUUUCAGGACAACAGCCCAGAUAGCCCAGAGCUCAACAAAGUGAAGCUGCUGUUUGAGCGGGGGAAGGAGUCCCUGGAAUCGGAGUUCCGCAGUCUGAUGACCAGGCACAGCAAGGUCAUCUCCCCUGUGCUCGUCCUGGACCUCAUCAGUGCAGAUGACGAGCUGGAAGUCCAGGAGGACGUGGUCCUGGAGCACCUGCCUGAGAGCGUGCUCCAGGACGUGAUCCGCAUCUCCCGCUGGCUGGUGGAAUAUGGUCGGAACCAAGAUUUCAUGAAUGUCUACUAUCAGAUCCGCUCCAGCCAGCUGGACCGCUCCAUCAAGGGUCUGAAGGAGCAUUUUCGCAAAAGCAGUUCUUCCUCUGGGGUUCCCUACUCCCCCGCCAUCCCCAACAAGAGGAAAGACACGCCUACCAAGAAGCCCAUCAAGCGGCCAGGGACGAUCCGUAAGGCUCAGAACCUUCUGAAACAGUAUUCCCAGCAUGGUCUAGAUGGGAAAAAGGGGGGCUCUAACCUCAUUCCUCUGGAAGGUAAUCACCCUAUCAAGGGUUUCAUCCCCAUACCCAAGGGGCAGCUGCCUGGCCCCUGGAUAAAUGCUGCUUGUGUUUGUGCGGCCGACAUCUUGCUAGGUCAUGAGCAUGAUUUUCGAGUUAAGCACCUGUCGGAAGCCCUGAAUGACAAGCACGGGCCACUGGCCGGGAGAGAUGACAUGCUGGAUGUGGAGACAGAUGCCUACAUUCACUGCGUUAGUGCCUUUGUCAGGCUGGCACAGAGUGAAUACCAGCUGCUGAUGGGCAUCAUCCCCGAGCAUCACCAGAAGAAAACCUUCGACUCCUUGAUACAGGAUGCCCUGGAUGGGCUGAUGCUUGAAGGGGAGAACAUAGUGUCCGCGGCCAGGAAAGCCAUCAUCCGCCAUGACUUCUCCACCGUGCUCACCGUCUUCCCCAUCCUGCGACACCUCAAGCAGACCAAGCCCGAGUUUGACCAGGUGCUCCAGGGCACAGCAGCCAGCACAAAGAACAAGCUGCCAGGCCUCAUCACCUCCAUGGAGACCAUUGGGGCCAAAGCUCUAGAAGACUUUGCGGAUAACAUCAAGAAUGAUCCAGACAAGGAGUACAACAUGCCUAAAGAUGGCACCGUUCAUGAGCUCACAAGCAAUGCCAUCCUGUUCCUACAGCAGCUUCUGGACUUCCAGGAGACAGCAGGCGCCAUGCUGGCCUCCCAAGAAACCAGCUCUUCGGCCACCAGCUACAACUCCGAGUUCAGCAAGCGGCUGCUGAGUACCUACAUCUGCAAAGUCCUGGGUAACCUGCAGCUGAACUUGCUAAGCAAGUCCAAGGUGUAUGAGGAUCCAGCCCUGAGCGCCAUCUUCCUACACAACAACUACAACUACAUCCUCAAGUCCCUGGAGAAGUCUGAGCUGAUCCAGCUUGUGGCUGUGACCCAGAAGACUGCUGAGCGCUCCUACCGGGAGCACAUCGAGCAGCAGAUCCAGACCUACCAGCGCAGCUGGCUAAAGGUGACUGACUACAUCGCAGAGAAGAAUCUACCUGUGUUCCAGCCUGGAGUCAAGCUCCGGGACAAGGAGCGGCAGAUGAUUAAGGAACGUUUCAAGGGAUUCAAUGAUGGGCUCGAAGAACUGUGCAAGAUUCAGAAGGCCUGGGCCAUCCCAGACACAGAGCAGAGGGACAAGAUUCGACAGGCUCAGAAAAACAUCGUCAAGGAGACCUAUGGGGCCUUUCUGCACAGGUAUAGCAGUGUGCCCUUCACCAAAAACCCGGAGAAGUACAUCAAGUACCGCGUGGAGCAGGUGGGCGACAUGAUCGACCGCCUCUUCGACACUUCUGCUUAAGUCGGCCAGCGUUUCCGCCCAGUGCCACUGGCGUGCCUAGCAUGUCAUCGGACUCAUAAACCAGUGGUAACACACUCCAGGCCGGGUGAGUGUGAAGUCCUUCCGUACAGACACCGGUGUGCCCCUCCCAGGAGCCCUGCCCUGAGGAGUCCUGGUGUCUGCAUCUUCCCUGCGGCCCUUAUCUCACAGCGGCACUCACCCAGAAUGCAGGUCCCUUCACACCGUGGCUCUCACGCAUCCAGCAGGGGCCACAAGAUGGCUGCUGAGGCAAGAGAUUAUAACGAAGACAGACUAGAUGGGCACCCCAGCUGCCAUGUGGAUCCCAGGCUCCACCCUGGCCUGCUUUCAUCCCUUCAGUCCCCGGAUGUGAAUGGGCUCAGAGAACCAGGCCAAACUGCAGCCAGCAGCCCCAGAGGAAGGGCCCCAAUCCCUUAAGUACAGCAUUGUCCGUGUGCUGAGCUCUGGGAUGUGCUGACACCUGGGGGUCCGCUGGGUGUCAGGAGGCCGGACUGCUCUGUCUCUGGUCCCUUUGGAUCUAGUACACUUCAAAAGGUGUCUGGAGGAAUUCUGCACCACCCUCCAGGGCCAGCCACUCAGCACCUGGUCCCUGGUCCCCGACUUCUGUGCUCGCUGGCCCAGGCCACACAGCAGUGGUUGAGGAGCUGCAGGCCGAGUGUAUGAGGGCCAGGGAGCCAGGGGGCGAAGCAGAGCAAUUCAGGAUCAAACCAGAGGAUCCCAAAGUAAAGUUGGCCCUACCGCUUGGGAUGGCAGUGAUCAACUGU